ACAAUGGGCACUGUACAGCUAAUGGCAAACGCUGAGACUGUAACAGAAAAAAUUAAUUGUAACAAUGAGGCUGAGAAGUUUACAGACUGUUUACCCAGUUCGAUAUACAUAUCCGGGAGUAAUCGAGUUGCUGGACUGAUUUGUAACUGCACAGAAGGAUCCCUAAGACUGGUAGAUGGCUCCAGCUACAAUGAAGGACGAGUGGAGGUGUGCUCCAAUGGUCGCUGGGGUACAGUGUGCAAUGAUGGAUGGACAGAGAGAGAAGCUGCUCUAGUGUGCAGUAGACUGGGGUACCCAACUCUAAAUGCCACUCUUAGCAACUUUGGAGAGGGUAGUGGUCCAUUGUGUGAUAUCACCUGUCCAAGUACGGGAAGUAACGAUCAGGAAUGUAUACUAAUAAUAACAUCUGCUCCAUCAAGAUGCAAUCACUUAAUGGAUGUUGGAGUGAGGUGUCUUCCUUUUACUGAUGCUUGUGCAGUUUCAGUCAACGAAAUAAUUGUCACAGUAACAGCUCAGCAACCUCCAACACCAACACUAAAACCUAUGUCAACGAUUGCAAAGUGUAUCCUAACAAGUACUGAACAAGAUGGCAAUGUCAAUAAGAUAAUUACUAACAACAAGCAACCAAUAACAGUUACCGAAACCCCACAACCAAAUAAUGGAGCUUCCACAGAGAGCAGUAUCAAGAGCACUAUUGUGACAUUAGGAGCACUCAUUGGUCUAUUAGCAGUUGCUCUAGUGGUUGUUGUCACUGGAUGGAUUGGAACGUGUGUUUACUUACAGCGAAAAAUGAACAAGAAAUGCAAAGGCCACACCCACACAGCGUCUACCUCUACGAGUGACCCCAUCAACAACCCAGUGUAUAAUGGUAGCACCAUUGUCCCACACACCAUGUACAGCUCUCAUGGACCCUCCUAUGAGGUCAUUGACACUAUCGAGGGGGUUGGGCACAGCUAUGACGUCAUCAGCCGUAGGGGUUUGUCUAUACCACAUCCACAUACAACCCCUCCUGCAUUCAACGAAGAGUACAGUACGCUAGACACCAGCAGAGAGAAUUAUUAUCACACACUAGAAAGCAAUACUGGAGAUAGUGAAUAUUCAACGAUUGGACAGAGUGACCCCCACAAUGACAGAUCUGACCCCAGAGAUUACCAGGGGGAAGAGUACUCUACACUAAAGCAUUGAUAACCUACGUGACUCAACAAGACACACUCAAAUAUAAACAGUAAAAUA